GGGACUUACAAUGAUGGGUAGCUGCGAGGCAGGUGUUCUCGCAGACACCUCGUCCACAGAGUGAGAAUACUCACAGAAUGCUUGGAGGCUCUUCAUCAGUGGAGAGACCCUUGUGUAUGCCGGGCAGGGGUCUAUUGGGGGGCAUGUCUCUGUGAAAAGUCGUGACAAAGCAUAUAUCCCUGAGGGGCUGAGAGACUUUUUUUCAGGGCAGAUUGUUAAACACUCCCUGGACGCCCCAGCUUUGCGAACUUCACAUAAAUCUUCUGGAGAUAAUGGGGUUUCAUGUUCCUGUCAGGACAGACAACACAACAGUGGUUGCAUACAGUAUAUCACUUGCCAGGGGGUAACGCAUUCAUUGCAACUGCACAAUUUAGUCCGCAAGCUGAUUGUCUGGAGCACUGCGCACUUCAGCACGUUGUGCACGACGCAUGUCCUGGGAGACCUAAUGUUGGAGCGGAUCUCCUUUCAAGGGGCAAUCCAUUACACAGAGAAUGGGUACUUCACCUGCAGGUGGUAGAUCAGAUUUGGAAGAGGCAGAUCUCUUCACCUUACAGGCAAAUGCAAAGUGUCCACAAUAUUUCUCUCUCAAGCUCAAAAAUGUGCCUUUGGGUGAAGAUGCGUUGGGCACACCCAUGGUCAAACGUGUUGCUAUAUGCACUCCCACCGCUGACUCUAAUUUCUCCCACCCUAGACAGAGAGAUAACAGAUUAUUUCUCCUUCUGCCCCUCGUUGGCCGGGGAGCCUGAGGCUGGCAGAGAUUCACGAGUUCACAUUUACAUAUAAUUAAGUACGGUAAGGGUUAUGCAUAUUUGGCGUGCUGUCCGGGGGGGAGGGCUCCGAGCUCGGAAAUUUUGGCCCGAACCCAGAGUACUCCCCCCCUCGUUGAGAUAGAAGUAGAUAGAACUGAAGUGAGGAGAAGGGGUGGAGGAGGGAUGCUGAUGAACUGUCAGAUGAACAGAGGUAAGUCUGCUGUAUUUAUACCUCUUGUCAUGAUUGCAUUGAUUAACUGAAUGCUCUCAACAUGAGCUAGUUAGGUUAAUUAUCUGCACCUGUUCCUCCCGAACCUUGUUUAAUAAAACAUCAUUUGUUCAGCACCUUCAGGGAGAGGCCUGGUCACUCCCAUUGCACCAGGACCUGCUGUCAGAAGCGGGUGAGCAGAUAUUUCACCCCCAGCCAGAACGGGUCAAUCUUUGGGUCUGGCCUCUUAAAUCUGAAUGAGCUGGGGCCUCCCCAGUAAGUUAUAAAUGCUAGCUAGAGCAGUAGAGCCCUAUCUAUGCUCUCAUUGUUUGAUCUUAAAUGAUGUGUGAUUGAGGACUGGUGCACAUGUAAAGGAGUGAUAUACUCUGUUUUUUGCAGAGCUUAAUGAACAAUUCUACUAUAAAAGUUUAUCUGGCUGCUAUUUGGCUUGCCAUGUAGCCUUCAAAGCAGCUUCAGUGGGACAACAUCCUCUUAUAUGCCAGUUUUUGAAGGGAGUGAAGCAUUUAAGACCAGUGACUAAGCGGCAGAUCCUGUCAUGGGACUUCUCCAUGGUUUCUGAAUGCUUUAACUUGGGCCCUAUUUGAACUUCUGGAGCGUGUUCAUAUUAAGCUCCUAUCUCUGAAAAUUGUUUUACUCUUUGCUUUAAUCUCAGUUAAGCAGGUGGGUGAGUUACAUGCCUUGUCGGUUAAUCAAGCACGUCUGAAUUUUAGUUCGGAUGGCAGCAAUGUUACAGCAAUUGAAUUGGCCUAUACAUCUAUGAGUCCGUCAUUGCCCGCCCGGUGGGCUUAAGGGCUCAUUCUACAAGAGGUGUGUGGCUACCUCAUGGGAACUGUGCACAGGGAUGGAUUUCAGUGGGAGAUAUUUGUGCAGUGACAUGCUGGGCUUCCCCUCAUACAUUUAUCAGAUUUUACCAUCUGGAUGUCACUGCGCCUACUAUGUCUCAUGCAGUUCUUAAAGUUGGCUCUUUGGAGAAUGCUUCGGAAAGCAUGUGUUAAGGGAGUUGGCCAUAUCAUUCCCAUAAUGACAUACCGAGUGAUUGUUUGAAAGAGAACUUUAGGUUACUUUCGUAACCCUGGUUCUUUGAGAACAGAACGAGGUAGCUUCAGUAUUUUCCCUACUCUCAUAACACGGGGGAAGAGCAUGCUUAGAAUGUCAUUUCGGGGAUUACAGCUGCAUAUAUAGAGAGGGGGUGGGUUCCUUGUCAUUAGCUGUGAUUGGUCCAUUCUUCAGAGAGACAUGGUGUAAUUCAUGCUUUCAUACUCUCUCACGCCUGAGGUAUUUCCCAUAGUGAGAUACCUUGAUCUGUUCCGGGGUUACAUAAGUUUUGAGCUUGUCCACUUUCGACCACUUCCAGAGGUUGUCAAAAAUGCAUUCGACUGGAUUGCUUUCAUAGUGUAAUGUGGUCGAAUGCGUUCGAACAGCCAUAAAAGAUCGCCUACUCUCCGUCUACUAACUUAAUGCAUAAACAUUAUGGGAAACGUGCUAGACAGAUGGAAUUUUAAAACUUUUUUAAAAAUUGUAAAAAAAUUUUAAACUUUGUCAGCUGAAGACACAAAUUCGGUUUGAAGAUGAAAAACGUACCAAGCACAAUGUUCUCUCACCAUUCCUGAUUUCUAACAUGCACUCACCGCGUAUGGCGUGAUCUUGCGGCUGUCAGAGCAGUAAAACAAAAGCUGCUGCUCUCCAUGUGUUUUUUCAUCAUCUUCUGUGCUUUCAUAUAUAAAUUGCUUAGAGAUCUGAAAUGCCCACACAUUUACCUGCCCAUAGACCCUUUCCUCGAAGAAAUCAGUCACAGAAGUGGUCAAAAGUGGACAAAAGAGGUGGAUUAAAACACCUGGGGCCUCAUGUAUAAAACUUUCCAUAGAUUUCAUCCUAAAAGAGUGCGUACGCACAGUCAAGAGUAUCCGAACCUGUGCGCACAUAUUUACAGCAAGAUUUAUUUAUUUUUUUAUAAAUCCAGAUACUUGUGUGGAAAACAGCGUACACACAUUUCAAUGCCUUUUUUGUGCGUACGCAACGUUUAUACAUCAGGUCCCUGGUGUAAACGGGAAUGUGUCUCCCUCGCCUGUGAUCCGAUAGACCAAAACGCAUCUUCAGUUGUAAACAGGGCCAAUAAUAACUUUACGAAACUUUCCAUGUGUGCAAUGCAUAUCUCUCAUAUCUCAAUUUACAUCUUACUAAUAUUUGUUUACAACAAUGUCCUAAUGUUAAGAACACAGUCAGCAUGCCAGCACACCAAAACACAAUGUCUCACAAUAACUUCUUACAAUAAUAGCAUUUAAUUUUCAUAUUAAACAUAUUUGAGCAUAUAAACAGAUGUAUGAAUGUCAUUCCAUUAGAUAUCAGCAUAUCAAACCAUUUACAUUUAUUCAUUUAGCAGAUGAUUUUAUACAAACUGUAAGUAAACAAAUCAUUCCAGGCAUUUUUACUUAGAAUUCAAGAGUAAAUGGUGCAGUGGUGUGGUGUAAGGUGUAGUUCAUUAAAUAAAUAUAUUAUUACACUAACGUCAACCAUAAAGUGUCACAAUAUUAUUUAUCAUCAUUGUGAAAUGUAUGUUUUAUCAUUUAAACUCCCAAAAAUUCUAAAUAAAAUGUUUUGCUUAAAAAGUUGUUGUAUUAUUUUUCUUUCAAAUAAAUGCUGCUUGUUUGAUAUAACAUGUCAUAAUUUUGUAUGUUUGUGUCCAAGUACAUUUUUAGACCUGUUGAAUAUUUCAAGAUUAAAAUUGACAAAUAUAUUUGGUCAAGCUUUUUUAUAUUGGGAUUGGCUUUUAUUUUGAAAAGACAAUAACACCUCCGGUCAUUUCCGGGUUGUCAGUCUGUGUGGACGUGAAUGAUAAUUGUGUGAUGAGGCACAGGAAAGCUAAUGCGCCUUUAACUGUGUGUUGACAUGUAACUGAAGCCAAAUGCAGCUAAAUGAGGUUUUACACCAUAAGACAUGGAUCUGAGCAUGAAGUCAUACGGUGAGCGAGAGAAAGUGGGCGUGUUUCCAUCAGCUGGCUGUAGCACUGAAGAACAGGAUGCUGAUUUAGGGGCGAGGACGCUUGAAUUACACCCAUCAGGUGCUUCGUUUGAUCUGGACGACCACGCAAAGAGUCUUUCUGCCAGAGCGAGGCCUUUCCAGUGCUCUCAGUGUGGGAAGGGUUUUUCCCGUAUACAGCAUCUGUCUGAACAUGUCCGGAUUCACACAGGCGAGAGGCCUUUUGAGUGCUUGGUGUGUGGAAAGACUUUUACCCGGGAAAGAGACCUCAAGACUCACCAGAUUGUCCAUACGGAUGCGAAGGCUUUUCACUGUACGAUCUGUGUUAAAAACUUCGCCCUGUUAUCCUCCUUGAGAAGACAUCUGCGUGCAUUUCAUCAAGGUCAAGAUGUUAGUAUGGAGGGUAAGUGCUUAAUUUGUGUUGAAUGUGGGAAAAAUUUUGCGUGUCAGCUGGAGGAACAUGAGCUGACGCACACAGGAGAGAUAUCCCACCGCUGCCCUGACUGUGUCAACAGCUUCACACGUCUCACAUCUCACGAUCAGACCUUCUCUGAAUCAGAUGACAUGAACCAUUUGGAUGCUUGUGACAAUGAGAGGCCUUGCAGUUCUGUGACCUCUGAAGAUCUACACAAACACUUACAAACUGACGCACUUAAGGACAAUAUUGAAUCGCACUCUUUGGACCUUGUAGACAGUAUGGAGAGCGAUGCAUCUAAUGAACACAAUGCCCAAAGUCAACAGGACGUGACUGAAAGAGCUCCAUCUCCUUCAUCUGAGCUCUCUCAGGAUUCUGCACAUUCAGCUGAAAAGGGCAUUGGAACACUAAACCCUCUUCAAGAGGAAGAGUUUACAGCUCACCAGCAAGUUCAUGAUGAAGACAAGCCGCACCAGUGCAAUCACUGUGGAAAGAGAUUUCAUAAGCAAGCAAAGCUUCGAAUCCAUCUGCGUGUUCACACCGGAGAGAAGCCGUAUCAGUGCUCCCAAUGUGGGAAAUAUUUCAGUCAAGCAGUAAACCUUAAAAAACACUACCGUACUCAUCAUACAGAGGACAGACCGUACCAUUGCACGCUUUGUGACAGGAGGUUUUCUCUCUCCUUCUCCCUGAUAAAGCAUCAACGAGUCGCUCAUCCAGAACGUUUGAGUGUUGCUGAAAGGAAGCGCUUUACCUGUCCAUACUGUGGGAAAAUAUUCGGACGACAUCAAGAUAUGGAGCAACAUAAACGCAUUCACACUGGGGAGAGACCGUUCCGCUGCGCGGUGUGCAAUAAAAGUUUUAGGCAGCGUUCAGUGUUGAUCGUGCAUAGGAAAAUUCACACUGGAGAAAAGCCUUUUGAAUGUUUCAUAUGCUUCAGACGGUUUUACGGUUCAGGGGAUCUGAAGACUCAUAUGGGAACUCAUACCGGCGUGAGACCUCACUGUUGUCCUUUGUGCUCAAAAAGCUUCCCUCGGCCCAGUAGCCUACAAGCACACAUGCAGUCCCAUCUGAACAAGUUCCAGGAAAGUGAUGUUCUGACCACCGGAGCUGAUACGCUUAUCCCUGAGGAGGAGGACCAGGGUGAACCGGAUGACGUGGAAGGUGUCUGUGGUGUUUCUGCUUCAUCACAGCUGUCGACGUUGCUUUCUGGAAACCCUGGAGCUUCUGAAGACAAAAUGAGCACAGGGGAGCAUCUAUUAGAGAAUCAGACAGGAUUCAGUCCAUCAGUAAUUCAAGACCAUGAUGUUGAUCAGAGUUCCAGUUCAGAGCUGACAGAUCAUCGGAAGCCAUUUCAUUGUGCCAUAUGCAACAAAACCUUCUCUGUCGCAAUUUCCCUGAAAAAACAUCAGCUUAUAUUUCAUCCAGAUCAGCAUGCUGACGUAGAGGGGAAGUGCUUCCCCUGCUCUUAUUGCGGGAGGAAGUUCGGUCGACGCCAAGGCUUGUUACAGCACGAGCGGAUUCACACAGGUGAAAGGCCCUUCAACUGUCCCACAUGUAACAAAAGCUUCCGUCAGCGAUCGGCUUUGGUUGUGCAUAUUAAAACUCACACAGGAGAGAGGGCAUUCCUGUGCUUUGUGUGCAGUAAGAGCUUUUAUACCCCAGGAGACUUGAAGAAGCAUCUGGAAAUUCACACAGGAGUGAGGCCACACAACUGCCCUAUAUGCUUCAAGGGGUUUGGGCGUCCCAGUUUCCUCCAAGCUCACAUGCGAGUCCAUGAAAAAGCUUCCACAAAGAAGCAAAGUGGAACAGAGAAACCAACAGGUGGUCCAAAAGUCGACUUGCAGGAGAAGCCAUUUGAAUGCUCUGAUUGUGGGAAAAGAUUCAGUCAGCAUUGUAUGUUUAAAAUUCACCAGCGGAUUCACACAGGAGAGAGACCUUACAAGUGCUCUCAGUGUGGCCUGAGUUUUCGCUGGAGGAGAAACCUGAUAGCCCACCAGAGUAGCCACCCGGGUGAGAACCCUCUCCAGUGUUCAAUGUGUGAUGAAACAUUCAUCUCUGAAGCAAGUCUGAAAAAACAUCAAGAUGCAUUUCAUACAGGGGUUUCUCAUACCUGCAGUUUGUGUUUGAAGACAUUUACUCAAGCAGCUGGCCUCAGGAAACACGUGCGGUAUGUUCAUGAAGGAGAACGACCUCACAAAUGCUCCGAGUGCGGGAGAGGAUUUGUCAAACUUUCUGACCUUGCGCGUCAUCAGCGCCGGCACCAUUACGACCGGGGCGAUGAACUCUUUCAGUGCUCGCAAUGUGAGCGAAGCUUCAGUCAUCCCAGCAGUCUGGUUCUGCACAGACGGACACACACCGAAGAAAAGCACGAGUGCCCUCAGUGCGAUAAGAUUUUUAGUCAGGCGGGACAUCUGAAGGUCCACCUGCGGACUCACACCAAAGAGAAUAAACCGAAAUUCGAGUGUCCUGAAUGUGGGAAGAGUUUUGGCCAAGCUAAAGAUUUGGUGGUUCAUCAGAGGGUUCACACCGGAGAGAAGCCGUACCAGUGUCCUCAGUGCAAGAAGAGCUACCGACAGUUUGCGCAUUUGUCCGUACAUCUGCGAAGUCACACGGGGGAGAAGCCUUACCAGUGCCCCAUAUGUCUCAAAUUCUUCGCUCAUUCAUCAUCCAUGAAGAAACACCUGCGUGUAAUGCAUGCAGAGGGGAAGGAUUUACCUGUAACAAAGGAAGUUGUGAAGGUCACCGUUGGUGUAGGAACAUCUAACGCAACUGUAGAAGUUAAGCAAGAACCAGAGUCUGGAGAUGAAUAUGAAUGUCGAGUGAAAUCUGAAGAAAACUGCUUUGCUAUAAUGGAUGAUGUGAAGGCUAUUACGGUCUCUUCAGCUCCUUCCAGUCCAGUAUCAUCUGUGUCUUUUAAAAAUGAAUGAUGUGGAUGGAAACCAGGGUUUCUCACUUUGCCAAACAUCAGAGCACAUUGAAGAAUCUGCAGCAUCUGCUAGUAUUCUGAUGCCAAAAAAACAGUUUUUAAGAAAUAGAAUAGCAUUCUACAGUGACUCCUGAAGCCAGUCCACACCACAAUAUUCGAUUUGGGUUUUUGGUUGAGCGGGGAACCACACAACACCUGUACUGUCAGCGUGAGUAGAGCUGAUUAAAUUCACAUGAAAAACAAUCCCUAUCAGUGCUCCUGAUGAGAACAGUCCAGUCUGAAGAACUUUAUCCGUUCGGAUAAAAAUGACCUACAUUUUUUUUUUUUUAAUUAUUUGCUGAUACUUACAUAAACUUUUGCUAAAUAGAGGAGAUCUUCGCCAAAUUCAUAAUGGAUAGAAGCCUUGACAUUUAGCACCUGCUGUGAAUAGUGUCCAUCAGGUAGAGCACAUCAAAAAGAGACAUUUCCAGCACUCAGACUGGAAAUCUUGUUGGAUGAACAUACAGAAAGGACAUUGAUAUAUUAGAGGGUUCUUUGAUUCUCCUCCUGGAGGUCCACUUUCCUUUAGACCUUCAGUUCCAACCCUGAUCAAACUCACCUGUCUGUAAUUUUCAAGUAAUCCUGAAGACCUUUGUUAGCUUGUUCAGGGGUGUUUGCGUCUGAGCUAAACUAGUGUAGGAGAACUGAACAAACCUGAUAUACAGGUGCUGGUCAUAUAAUUAGAAUAUCGUGAAAAAGUUCAUUUUUAUUUUAAAUUAUUUUUAAAAAUGAAACUUUCAUGUAAAGUAAAACAUUUUUUUUUU